AGAGCAGCUGCACUGGGACUGAACACCAGCCAGAUCCAGGCCUCCCGUUUGAGCUCAAAGGACAUGACACUUGAUUUUCUGGUGGAAGCUUUGCAGCAUUUCUUUGGCACCUUUCUUGUCAGAUGUCUUCUGAAGUAAUGGCUAGGGGUGACUUCAGAAGACAUGUUUUCUCUUUAGGAUUUUAGGAAUACUAGGAGACAAAUUGAACAAGGCUUCGUAUACAGUAGGAGGAACAGGUGCCGGCCUGAGUUUGUAUUAAGAUGAAAAACUUGAUGGCUAAUGAGAUGUGUAAUUAGAAAGUUGUUCUUUGGAUCUGCAAAUGCACAUGUGGGGUUAAUUUUGCCAACUGUUAACAGUAUGAGACUGGUAAGAUAUUAAAAAAUAAAUACAUGUGGUCAACAGUUUAAAACGGAAAGACUCAUCCUGGUUUAAGUUGAUCUUCAAUCCUAGUUAAACGCGGCAAUACUGUGUUUGUCCGACUACUACAGAGUGACCGUUUUAGGCAGACAAACGUUAGAUCUACGGCACAAUCUACGAAUAACUGUCAGAAAAAUAGAGUAUCUUUCUGUGCUGUGGAGAGAGCAGCGCUCGGCACAGCUAAUUUUCAACGCUCGGCGCAGCAUUGAGUUAAGGAAAGGCAUCUCCGGACUUGUUUUGUUCGCUAUCCACAGGGCUGUUUGCAUUCCUGUCUUGAGCAGAGCAGCUGCAUCAGGUUGGGAUACGAUUUUAACUCCCUCUUUCAUUAUUCUUUAAAAAGAAAGAAAAGCCUCUUCCGGGUCAGCACAGCAAAUAGGGGGGGGAAAUGCACUUGGAAAAACGUUACGCUAUAUAAAAGCCUCAAAAAAAUAUAAAUAAGCAAAACUGGGAGCAGCAGGCAGAGACAAAAGGACUAAGUACUGUACAGUGGAAGAUCGAGGAGCAUCUGUAUGCACCAGACGUAAGGAAUCGACUGCCCCACAAGGCGAAUUACAGAACGAGACAAGCAGCGCUGCGCCUCCGAGGUGCUUGAACCCGAGCACGGCUCUUCAGGAUCUAAACCCUGUUUUAGCCGGGUGGGUUUUAUGUGGAGGUAAUGAUGAGUCAAAGUCGAGCCGGACAGGAUGGGAAUACUAGCAGAACAGAGUGCGGCAGUACCUCAAGCAGCAGCGGCGGGGGCAUCUCCAGGCUGCAGGUCUACAGCAGCCAUUCGCAGAGUGGCCGGGGCAGAGACAUGCGUUCCCAGCAACUGGGUCGCCACAGCGGGUCCAGCGCCAAGCAGACGGGCCAUUCCGAACCGACGGAUCUGCUCCGAAGGGCGCUGGACUUUAAGACUCAGGGAACCCAGUGCUACAAGGAAAAGAAAUACAGGGAAGCGAUCGGCAAGUAUCACAGGGCACUCCUGGAGAUGAAAGGGCUUUGCAGGGUUCUCGGAGACCCAGAUGCCAGUUCUAAGUCGCCAUCCUCCGCGGUGCCAACACCGGGCAAAUCCACUCUGACAGACGAGGAGAAGGGGGCUGUGGAGAACGCCGAGCUGGAGUGUUACAACAGUCUCGCUGCUUGCCUGCUGCAGAUGGAACUGGUGAAUUAUGAGAGGGUGAAGGAGUACUGUCUGAAGGUCCUGCGGAAGGAAGGGGAGAACUUUAAGGCCCUGUAUCGCUCAGGGGUGGCCUACUACCACCUGGGAGACUUCCACAAGGCCCUGCACUACCUUAAGGAGUCUCACAAGCAGCAGCCCUCAGACACCAAUGUUAUCCGCUACAUUCAGCUGACAGAGAUGAAACUCCGGCGCAGCUCUCAGAGGGAAAAGGAGGCCUCGUAAACAGAAGCUGCUGUUGCCAUGGAAAUGUGCCAUGAGCAAUCUCUGUGCCGAAACCUGGCAGGCCUCACCUUCUGGCCAGUGCUUAGAACUACCCAUUCUGAUUGGAUAUGUGCCUAUACACAGACCUCUUACAAUUGGAUGUCAGGAGUGGAUGUGGAGUGCAUGAUUGUUUUGCUAUGCGCGUCCAUUUUGUUUUAUUCCAGGUGGUAAUUCAUACAAUAACUUAUGAUAUUCCAGGAAACAGGCAAUGUAUAAUUGUCUUUAUAAACAAAAUACUGAUAGAACAGUAAAAAAAAAACCAACAUCACUAAAUAGCUUAACCGGGCUCCUGGCACUGUAUUUGUCAUGUGCCAUCUGUUAAUGUUAAAUCUUCCAAAGAUCCUACCAGCAGUGCCAAGAAUCCUGCAGUCUCCUUCCAAUGGACACAUUCCCUCACCCUCUGACUCACUGAGGAGACAAGAUAUCUCCCCAAAAAACUGUGGAAUAUUUACGAAGAACACCUUAACUGAACACUACGUACAGAUUCAAAACAGCAAUAUCAAGCUUGGAAAACAUUUGCUCUAGGUUACAUACAGUACUGUAACACAUUACAUAUAUUAACCCUGCUCCUGGCCAUCUUGCUAAAUUUCAAACCCCAGCAUGAUCAAUACCACAGCCCCUUCAAAAUCUUUUUAGGAAUAUCAGUCAUACCCCUACUUUGUCAUACCAAAAGGCCAGCGAUAUACAUCAGUUCUGAAGCUAAAUAUUCUCAGGGAUGUGAAAAGUACAGCAGAAAUGAAAGGAAAGGAAAGUCAGUUCUGUUUUGUGAAGCAAAAGCAUUGUCAUGAUGUAGAACUUAGGCACAUUAGCAAUCUGUAAUCAUUUUGUAAUUCCCUCUCUAAUGUUACCAUUUCAUUAAAAACAGGAUUCAUGGUAGAUCUAAACCAUUCAGUGGUCCACAAGCUGUCAGUAAACAUUAAUCUGCAACUAAUCACCUGCGCAAUAGAGUCCAUCUCUUAGAUACUAUACGCAGGACUGCAGCCUUGACCUGUAAUGCCCUGGCAUUCAAAGUGUGUUUUAGAAAGGCACUCUUUCAUCCCUGAGAAUGAACUGUAAAUAUUAACAGACUGUACCUAAAUCACAGUACAUACAUAGUGCUCACAUUGUGGUUGAUGCAAAGCUGUAUUCAAAUACCCUCCUUGUGGGAAUGGUAGACUCCUAUUGUUAAUAACUGUGGCUAACUUCACUGUGGAUAUGAAGUGUUUCAUUAAAGACAGGCAUUUAAGGAAAAAAACAUCCAUCUCUAUUAAUUGUUGAAAACGGGGCCUCAAAAAGUGGCUCAUCCAGUAAGGGUGCUGGCCCAAGUGCUCUAUGAGCUCUGUGAUCACUGGUUUGAAUCUGGGUCACAUCACUAGCUGACUGUGACUGGAAUUCUCCAUGAGGAUAUGGUGGGAUUGGGUGGCUGGGGUGUGUUCAGCAACACAGGGACCCUUGUUGCCUCAUUGGCAUUUGCAGGCUCAUAUGGUGCUGUUGGUGAGGGAUGCUCCUUCUAUCAGCACUAAACCUGGGGUUGCUGUAAUUUGUUUCAUGAUGAGUGACUUUAAAGAUGGGCUGCUCUGUCUGCAUCUUCUCCUUCUAUCCUCCCAGUGUGUGGUUGCGAGGAUAGUAGCUGCGAACUGAGGACAACACAAUUUGCUAUUCCAAAUCCCUUGAGUAUAACAAAAAUAAUUGGCAAUUAUAAGUUAAAAGAAACACCCUGCAUAAACCUGUGUCAGACAGGGGAGGCUCUACUGACUGUUCUGUAUGAGUAAAUCAAUUCUUGGAAAGCAAGACUCUUAAAAUGUGAUAAGGAGGCAUGAUUGCAAUUCAGGGCAGUCAAAAAAUGUAUUGACCAAAUAGGCACUGGGCAUUUGUGGCAUGGAUGUGUCUUUGUCUUGAUAUUUUAAGUUUAGUAUUUAUUUAGUUACACAUAACAAAUUGAUACUGAAUCACUUCAUAGUUGACAAGUGUUGCACAUUUUAUAUUGGAGUAAAAAAAAACUCUUCUUAUUAAACAAGCUUGUCAGAAAUGGGGAAAAAAUACUGAGUGUGGCCUAGUUUGCUUUCAAUAUGCAGUUUCCACUGAUGUCCAUUUAAUCUGUCUUUGUGGUUUGAGUUCAAAUGAAUCUGUGCUGUGCUGCUUCAAAGCAAACCUUUUCUUGUGAAGACAGGUGCUAUUAAAACGGAGCCAACAUACUGUAUAACUGUGAAUAAUUUCUUGGAGGGCUCUUUUGUAAAGGGUAGGGGCAUCUUUCAUUCCACUUCACUACCCGUUUACCACAAUAGUUUAAGUCACGUGCCUGCACUUUUUCUUGUCAUUCUUCACAUCCUGAUGAGUCGUCAAUCUUACACAAACUAAAUCUAGCACAUUUGCUUUCAGGAUGUAUGCACAGGCAGGGCCAAUUGGAACACUACAGGCUAAGUCUAAGUCUAAGAGAAAUUCCUGCUGCACAUUUGGCAGUGGCAUCCAUCUUGAGAGGAAGGUGUUUCUCUAAAUGCAAACAAAGUCAGAUGGAGGAGCCUUGAGAAUACACUGUUGCUGCACUGAGGGGUACCUGACAGCAGUGAGAGGUAGACUAUGUUCGUGUUGGCCAGGGUGCCCUUGAUGUGACUUGGUGUGCACCAGUGACUUCUGGGAUCUACUAGAUUCAUUGAGUGACAUACUGCCCCUCCAAUUGGCGCUCACUCUCCUGUAAGGCACAGUGGCCGAGAUGAUAAGCCAUUGGUGGAUCCGAAUUCUGUGUAUCAAAAGAAAAUAAUUAAAGUUUUUCAAAAAUUCAGAAUAUUAAAAAAAACACAGGCACGUUACUUGAACCGUUAGAGCAAGGUGAUGUACCGUAGAUUAUAACUGUUUUUCACAAACCCCAAUGCUUGCUUUUUAAAGAUUAAGUAAUGCUUAGCAUAAGCACAUUGCCUGUAGGGGAAUACUUAGUAGCCUGGGCACUCUGUAUACACAAAGAAUGUUACAAAGCUGUAGAAUAAUAUAACAAGGGUGAAACAUCUUUGAGAUGUACUCGUAUAUACAGUAAUUGUUGGUGUGAAAAAAAAAACAGUUUUACAUUGUUUGUAAUCUUGUUCUGUAACCUAAAGUUACAUAUUAAAUAUAAAAGUGGUAUCACUAAA